AUGAAAAAGUUCCGGAUAGUGGUGAGGGCGGCACGACAGUACUUGGAGCCAAGCUCUGCACCCGCCCAGGAGGCACUGGUGAGAAAGAGCCUUUCGCAGGAGGCCGCUUCCGCCGCGGCAAAGGUGGAGGGGGUUUGGGGGGCGCUGCGCGGAGUCGCCGGAGGGGGGCGCCCCUGGCCGUGCAGCGGCCGCUCGGAGCGGGCGACGCCCCUGACGCGCCUGUCCGCUCCUCGCGAGGAAGCCGUCUGCGGGCAGAGAGGCGGCGGCCCCGAGCCCGCGCCGAGCCCCGGGCGGCCCCCGGCCCCCGUCGGGAGGCGCGGGGGGCCCGGCGGGGAGGGGGCCCCGAGCAGGCGCGGGCCCGGAAGGAGCCCGAGACGCCCCGGGACGUCGGCGGAGAAGGAGCCGUUUCGCUGCGCCGAGUGCGGCGAGGCCUUCGUGUCCCGCCCCGACUGCAGCCCGCGCCGCAGAGUCCACACCCGCGAGCGGCGCGCCCAGUGCGGCGGCUGCGGGAGGGCGCUCGCCCGCGGCCCCUCCGUCGUCCGGCACCGCGUGGUUCACACGCGCGAGAAGCCGCACGCGUGCGGCGCGUGCGGCAAGACCUUCACGCAGAGCUCCUCGCUCGCCGAGCACCGCAGGAUCCACAGCGGGGAGAGGCCGUACCGCUGCGGGGAGUGCGGCAAGGCCUUCACGCAGAGCUCCUCGCUCCUCAAACACCGGCGGUGCCACACCGGGGAGAAGCCCUACGAGUGCGACCAGUGCGGCAAGUUCUACUCGCAGGUGUCGCACCUCACGCGCCACCGGAAGAGCCACUCGGGCGAGAGGCCCCACAGCUGCGGCGAGUGCGGCAAGGCCUUCUGUCACGCGUCGUCCCUGAGCCAGCACCAGGCGAUCCACACCGGGGAGCGGCCCUACAGGUGCACCGAGUGCGGGAAGGCCUUCAGCCACAGCUCGUCCCUGUCGCAGCACCAGCGGGUCCACACGGGCGAGAAGCCCUACGAGUGUCGCGAGUGCGGCAAAGCCUUCGGCCACAGCUCCUCCCUGACGCAGCAUCGGAGGAUUCACACCGGCGAGAAGCCCUACGCGUGUCGCGAGUGUGGGAAGGCGUACACACAGAUUUCCCACCUCAUGAGGCACCAGAGCGUUCACGCGGGCGAGAAACCCUAUGUGUGCAAGGAGUGCGGAAAGGCCUUCGGCCACACGUCGUCCUUCGCUCAACACCGCACGGUUCACACCGGUGAGAAGCCCUACAAGUGCUGCGAGUGCGGGAAGACGUUCGGCCAGAACUCCUCGCUGACGCGCCACCAGAGGACUCACACCGGGGAGAAGCCGUACGCGUGUGCGGCCUGCGGGAAGGCCUACACCCAGAUCUCCCACCUCCUCCAACACCAGCGAGUUCACACUGGAGAGAAACCUUACGAGUGCGCGGAGUGUGGCAAAGCCUUCGGCCGCAGCACCCACCUUAUCGAGCAUCAGAAAAUCCACACGGGCGAGAAGCCCUAUCCGUGUAAAGAGUGUGGGAAGACAUUCAGUCACAACUCGUCCCUCACUCAGCACCGGAGAGUCCACACUAGCGAGAAGCCCUACGCCUGUAACGAGUGCGGCAAGGCCUUCAGCCAGAGCGUCCACCUUGCUCAGCACCGGAGGAUCCAUACGGGAGAGAAGCCCUAUGAAUGUGACAGCUGUGGAAACGCCUACACCCAGAUUGCACACCUGAUUCAACACCAGAAGGUUCACGCGGGUGGCCGACGCUGUGUGCGCAGGGAGCGCGGGGAGGAUUUCAGCUGCGGUUCACACCUGCCUCAACACCCGACGCCCCGCACAGUGCGCGACGCCUACGCCCGCGAGGAUUUCGAGAAGGCAGUGGCUUGGAGCGCACAGCUGGCCGUUGAUCAGAGGACGCCUGCUGACCAGGAAGCCUGAGAAGGGAAGCCGACUGUGGGCCUGCGGCCGGGUUCGGUUCAGCCUGCGUCCGCUCCGGUAACCCCCUCCUUCCCCGGAAGGAGCCCUCACCCCGAG